UCUGAUAGGAUUUCGGAUAGGAUUUCCAAACAGUUGUUCGAUCGGGUUUCGGAUUUUGGGUUGGAAAAUCUCCGUGUAUCGGGUAUCGGCUUUCGGAUAACCAGUGAUAUCCCUACCAUAAACCAUUACUAAACAGGCGUACUCCACUAUAAAUUUUCCAAGACCUACUUUAUUCCCAUUUUUAGUCCAUUACUAAUUUCCAAGACCUACUAUGUAUACACGCAUUUUCAUUCAUUCAAGGAGUUCCUAAAAUAAGUAUGGGCAUUUUGGAUUUUAAAAUUGUGGGGAGCACCAUUCAUGCAGACCUUUUUUGUUUAAUUUUUCUCCCUUAAUUAUUUGUAUUUUUAAUUUUGGACAUUUGACUUGUAAAAAAUUUUUUUUAUUUUUCUCAUAUUUUUUACUAAUUUUCCCCAAUUUUUUUGCCAAAUCCAAAAAAGAUGGAUAGAAAAAUUAAUUUUUUCUUAUUAAAAAAUAAUUUCUAUAUUUUCUCCCUUUUCACUUUUUUUUCUUUCUGUCCCCGCCAUUUAACAAACGAAUUUUUUUUGUAUAAAAUUUUAUUUUUAUGUCCUUCAACAUUUUGUCUUUUUUUUAAAGUAAAAAAAGGAGGAAAUUUUCUUUGAAAAAAAGAGAAAAUAGAAAAAAGAGCCGCAAAAAUAAUUUUAAAAAAAUUUAUAAAAAAUGAUAAAGGAAAAAAAUUGUGGGCAAAAAUAGAAGAAAAAAUAAUAUAUAAUUUUAAAAAAUGCGCGGAAUAAAUAGAAAAAUAAUUUUGAAAAAAAAUAAAAUUUACAAGGUUGUGGGAAGGUGUUUUUUUACAAAAAAAAUG